CGUUCCACGGGCCUCGCUCUUUCUUUGUUACCUGUUGAUAUGCACCUGCUGGCUUCACAAGACUUCAGGUAUGGUAGAAAACGUAAGCAGUGACAACAAAGACUACGAUUGGUCAAUAUUUUGGUGGGACAAAGACGUCUGUGUUUUGAGCAUGCGUCAGCGGCCCGUCCAGGUGAGUUAGCUGUGCACACAUAGAACACACGACUUUCUUAUCCGUUUAAUGAACCUCAUGAAGUGAAUAUGUUACGGAGGACGGUCUUCUUCGUAGUCGUGACGGAAUCAGCAGACCGGACGAGAGUGGCUUAAACUAAAGCGAGGCGCAGGUCUCACGCCAGUUACGCACCAGGUAACCUGAUGACCUCUUUGAUUUUAAUCUUAUUUACUCCUGCUUACCUGGCGUCUGUCGUAGGUUUACAUUGAGCUGAAUUAGACCAAACAUUCACACCUUGUUUUCCUUGAUUUACAGAUAUCAGACAGCGACAACAUGAAGUGGAAGAAACUUCUGCCCCUCUUCCUCGUCUUCAUGGCGUUCCUGUUUUUCGGGGCCUGGAUUUUUAAGACGCUGGAGGAGACAUAUUACGUGCCGGGGGAGAUCCAGAUCGCACGUGACAUUGAGGCCAUCAUAGUGGCUGUAGCCAGGCAGGUCAACAGUAGUGUGUCUGAAGAAGAGAUUCGGGCUCACAUCCAGGACGUACGGGCAGGGAGGCUACCGAUAUCCCAAAAUGGCACGGCGACUGAACCGUACCGCAUGGACUACUUCGACGCCUGGUUCUUCUGUAUCACGUUCAUCACCACUAUAGGGUACGGCUACAUCACGCCCAGGACUGUGGGAGGCAAGGUUGGUUCGGAACUUUGUUUGUUUGUUUAUUCUAGCUUCUUGUUCUGCAUCGUGUACGCGUUUCUGGGGAUCCCCGUGACGCUGAUCAUGCUGACGGCUAUAGGACGGAAACUGGGAGACACGAAUAGGUGGGUGGAGAAGAAAGUGCAAAAGAAGUUACCGAACCAUCCGGGGCGGAUCCGACUCGUGACCAUCCUCAUCGUUGUGCUGACUAGUGUCGGCAUCUUCUUCUUCGUGCCGGCCAUCAUCUUCACCAUCGUGGAGGGCUGGAACUUCCUGGACUCGCUGUACUACUGCUUCAUCACGCUCAGCACCGUGGGCUUCGGCGACUUCGUCUCCAGCGUCAACCACCAGUCGUCUUCAUACUUCGGCUUCGUGCUGUACAAGGUGAUCGUGUUCCUGUGGAUCAUGGUCGGCCUGUGCUUCGUCGCCGCUGUGUUCGACCUGAUCCAGGAGGGACUGAGAGGCCUGAAGACUCGGGUCAACAGAAACAUGAAGGACCUGAGCGUGGACCAGUUCGGUCACCUGGUCAGCAGGAUACACGUGGAGGGAGGAAAGGGUCUGGACAAGAUCACCGAGAUCACCAAGAGCAAGAGGGAGCGCGCGAGGGAGACCAUCUCGAGGAAGAACAAGAACCCGGACGAGGAAACCGCCACUGAUGGCACGCCUGGUAGUUACACUCCCCAAGAAUGGUGAUAUGUUAGGCUCUCACUUUGUAGCCUCCAUAGCAAGCUCUCUGGGCCUUUUUCGUCUUUGUUACAAUAAAAG